AUGGUUGUUAAUAAUCCAAAUAAUUGGCAUUGGGUUGAUAAAAACUGUUUGGCUUGGUCCAAGGAAUAUUUUGAUGAGAAAUUAACAAACUUGGAAGUUGAGGAAGGCGGUAGCAAAGUUAAGAUUGCUAAUGUUUCCUCCGUUGAAGGUGAUGUCGAUGUUUCACAGAGAAAGGGGAAGGUAAUAUCAUUGUUUGAUGUGCGAAUUGUGUUGACAUUUAAAGGAUCCAAUGAUAAAACCGACGACAUAAAUGGGUCAAUAACAAUUCCUGAAUUGGCAUAUGAUAGCUCAUCCGCUGGGUUAGUUUUUGAUACUAGUAUCUACAAUGAGUCAAGUGAAAACUCAAACAUCGCAGACUUGAUUAAAAGAAAAUUGAUCCCUGAAUUGAGAAAGAAAUUGAUGCAAUUUGGACCAGAUUUGAUUGAAAUAAACAGUAAGGAUAUUCAGUUGGAGGCUGACAAAGUGACUUCAACGUACACAAAGGCUAAUUUGACUCAAAGUAACAAAUCUGAAUUCGAAUCAGGGUCUAAGGGGCAGUCUACAACGAGCGCAUCGGUUACCAAACCUACGUCAGCUCAACAAGCGAAGUCACUGUCUUCAGUUCCAAAGUACAACACCACAACUUUGCAUCUUGAGCCAACAUUCAACACCUCAGCUGAGCAGAUUUACCUCACAUUACUUGAUACCUCCAGGAUUGCUGCCUGGACUAGGUCUUCUCCAGAAAUUGAGCUGUUCCCACCGAAAAAGGGCUCGUCUUAUAAAUUCUUUGGCGGUGCUGUUCUGGGAAAGAUAUUGAAACUAGUGCCAAAUGAGCAAAUUGUUGAGUUGUGGAGAUUACAAGAUUGGAAAGAGGGCCAUUAUGCGGAAUUAGACAUGAAGUUGAUCCAAAGUAGUGGAGAAACCAAAGUGGUUGUAAAAUUCAGUGGUAUACCAAUUGGAGAGGAGGAGAGAGUCAGGGACAAUUUUGAAGAUAUGUACAUUAGAUCUAUAAAGAUCACCUUUGGGUUUGGCGCCGUCUUGUGA